UGCGCAACUACGGUACCAAACUUAACCGUGUUGUAACUGCGGGCAACUGCGUUGCACGGCUGAGCGGCGUUUCCAUGAGACAGCAAACUGAGUUAAAGCGCUUCCAAUGCGGUGGUUCGGGUUUGGCUUCAACGCAUUUGGACAGAUAUGUGUCCAUGAGAAAUUAAUUAAAGGACAGUGUAGCGACGCUGUCAAAGUGAUUAGCCCGACAGAGCUAACGUUAGCUAGCCAUGCGGACAGACGCGGCUGCCGCUUGAAGACUGAUGGUCAAAUUAGAGCAAGUUGGAGUCGAAGAGCAUCUUUGCAUUUAGAUGGUGACAGCUGUGUGUGCCUAGCUGGUUUCGGGGCACUCAUCUCCAAUGAGUCCUGUGGUAUUUCUAUGAAAGAGAGCCGUGGCUGUAAAGAUGCCUACAUCAGUGAGUUGUACCUGACCCUCGCUUUCCCGGACAGAAUUGAGUCCUGGGAUCUGCAGACGAAAGAGAAGAGUGCAUCAUGGAGCAUGGAAGUAAAAACAGAAAGCUCUGGACCCCCUAUGAAUCUCCCAUUGGUCCCUGGGGGUUACAUAGCCACGAAACCUCCCUUCUACCGCUCCUUAUCGCCACACCUGAAAGCCAAGAGUCUGGCACUGAGUGCAGAGCAUGCCAUCCUUCUCAGUGCCUCUGGAGCUGUGUACACCUGGGGACUGGGCAGCCAUGGUCAGUUGGGGCACGGAGACCUUACCUCUGAGGAGGAGCCCAGGGCAGUGGAGGCACUCUGGGGAAUGCCCAUGAGCCAUGUAGCUACAGGAGGUUGGCAUUCUGUCUGCAUUAGUGAUGGGGGUGACCUUUAUGUGUGGGGCUGGAAUGAAAGUGGCCAGCUCGGACUUCCCUCACGAGGUCUGAGGAAAGCACUGCAGCAGCAAAGUAGCCAACAAGCAGGAGCACCAUGCAAAGAUGCCAGCACAUCUCCCCAUGAAGAGCCACAAGAGGGAGAGAAACAUGAAGAUGUAUUCAUAUCAAUCCAAGCAUUCCCGGCUCUGCUGGAUAUCACUCCAUCAUGUGAGAUCAGCACAGUCAGCUGUGGCUGCCGCCACACAGCUGCAGUAACGACCACAGGUGACCUCUACACUUGGGGCUGGGGUGACUACGGCCAACUUGGACACCAGACUUUAAUGAGUUCAGAUGAGCCCCAGCUUGUGGAGUUCUUCAGGGAGCAGCAGAUGCGUGUGGUUGAUGUUGUGUGCGGGGCAUGGAACACUUUUGCUGCUGUCGUCAAGGAGGAAGUAGCUCGGUCUUAAAAAUAUAAAUAGGAACACUGGACUUCGGACAACAUACAAUACAUCCAUCCAUCCAUCGUCAACUGCUUAUCCUGCGUAGAAGGUCGUGGGGGGCUGGAACCAAUCCCAGCUGACUUUGGGCGAAAGGCGGGGUACACCCUGGACAGGUCGCCAGUCCAUCACAGGGCCAGGUUGGACCCUAGGGUUGUUUUCUCCGUUCUCCGCAGAAGUGGCAGGCUGACCUGGUGUGAGGAAAGAAAAGCAUCAAACAAGAAUAACAUUAGAUGGAAUCACUAUGCAGAGUCAGACCCAAGAUUUAUA